CCUAGUCUCAUUUCCCCUGACAAUAUAUAAAGAUUGUACUGUAGUUAUCCCCAUCAGAAGCACAAACAGAACACUCAACAUGAAGCUGUUACUGAGCCUCCUUGUUGUUUCAACACUACCUCAAUGGGCUGUGCCACAAGUUCUGCCCACGAAGGCUCCGCAGACAGCCGUGGCUGAGCUAGUCAAGGGGGGACACUGGAUCUUCUCAGGGGAGAGCGUGCGUCUGAAGUGCAGUGUUCCUGGGAAUGUGUCGGCCGAGUGGAGGUUCCAGUGGUUCAGGGGGGGAGAGCAGCUCCAGGAGUCUGAGUACUUUGUCCUGUGGAAGGCCAGGCCACAGCAGAGUGGGAAGUACUACUGCCAGGGUCUGAGAACCACAUGGAUAAGCACACAACACACCCUCCUCAGCCUGCCCAUAGAAAUAGUGGUGGACGGUGGGUGGGCCAUCCUGCAGGCCCCGCCCCUGCCCAUGCUGGUUGGAGAGACAAUGACCCUGACGUGUCGUGUCCGUAACAACCCCAGACUGACAGAGGUCAUACUCUACAAGGACGGGGUGGAGCUUCAGAGACAGCCUGGCCCAGAGCUGCGUGUCACCAACCUUAACCUGCAACACGACGGAUCUUAUUGGUGCAGAGCAUCCUGGGAUGGGCGGAGGGAAACCAACUCUGUGAUCUCAGUGGCUACUCCAGUGUCCAUCAUAGAGGUUCUGACAGAGCCCAUGUUGGAGAUUGUGCCCAAUGACCCUCUGACCCAUGAAGACCGUAUGCUCCUGGUGUGUCAUGUCCAACUGAACGCCCGUGAGCCAGUUCCACACAUCCACUACUACUUCUACCAGGAUGGGCUGAGGCUGGGGCCUGCCUCCUCCCAGGACAGAGUCGCAGUAAUGAGGGACUCGGGCCGGUACUGGUGCAAAGCCAGCGUUCCUACUCUGGGGCUGAAGAGGCUCAGCGAGCCCGUACCUUAUGGGCGAGUAACAGGGAUACAUCAGGGACCAGUUGUCUCUCUCCAGCCCAGAGCUCCAUCUAAUCCAGAUCCUAUGAAAAGACCUCCCCAGACCACCACUUCUAACCAGCCUUCUGAGCCCCCUACCUUCCCCGAUGUAUACGGUGAUUCUCCAAACACACUGGCCCCUGUUGUUGGUUCAGAUGAUGGGAGUGGAGGGACUUCUUUUAAACAAUACCAGAGCAAUGUACAUUAUCAGUUUCAGAAUUAGACCCUUUCGAAUCAACUUAGUUCCAUCCCCAAUUUACCCAUUCAUAUGCCUCCAGAAUGUACUUAUGUUUUAUCUACUUUAGUAAAAUAAUAAUUACUAAUUAAUACAAUAUUAUUUUGUCUUUUAUGUUGUGAAUGAAAAAAUGAAUUGUAUUUGCACUGUCAAUUGUAAGCUCAAUGCAAAUAAAUCCAGUCAAAGUCAAA